AUGCACCAGUUAGCCAUUGAUGAACAAACUGUCUACCCCAUAGGCUCAAAAAUAUUAAAGCGCGAUUUUUAUGUCGAUGAUCUUAUUACAGGCGGUGAGUCCAUUCAAGAAGUCAAGGAAAUUAUGAGUCAAACUACAAAGCUGCUGGAAAAAGGAGGAUUCAAGUUGAGAAAGUGGUGCUCCAGUAAUCCUGAAUUGUUGCAGACGAUACCACCUGAUGAUCGAGAAACACGACUUAAGUUCGACGAUGGAAGCGAUAUAACUAAAACACUCGGUUUAACUUGGGAUCCUGCAUCAGAUUGCCUAUUGUUCGCGUUCUCACCAAUGCAGCCUUCAUCAAAACAUUGCAAGCGGUCCAUUUUGUCAACUAUUGCUCGUUUUUAUGACCCACUCGGUCUCAUCGGCCCUAUUAUUUCGAAGGCUAAAAUCUUUCUUCAACAAAUCUGGAAAGAAAGGCUUGACUGGGAUGAAAGUUUGCCUUCAUCACUACAUUCAUCGUGGCUUAGUUUGUGUGCAGAUUUUGGCUGCAUACCGCAAAUAAAGUUUCCCCGUUUGUCAAUACAGCAGAAUGGCGCCUAUGAAAUUCAUGGUUUUAGUGACGCCAGCAUCGAAGCAUACGGAGCUUGUCUUUACGUCGUGUCAGUCAGUCAAGGAAGAAACCAGGCGCAACUGCUAUGUUCAAAAUCUCGUGUAGCGCCCUUAAAAACUCUUACGGUUCCAAGGCUGGAGUUGUGCGGUGCCUCCCUGUUGGCGCAACUCAUGCAUGAAAUAGCUCAAAUGAAACUUUUCUCGUGUCGAUAUUAUUGUUGGUCUGAUUCGGCGGUGGUGUUAUCCUGGAUCCGCGACGAACCUUCAAGAUUUCAAAUCUUUACAGCUAAUCGCAUAGCCACUAUACAGGAGUUGACUGCGGGUAUGGAAUGGCGCUACGUGCCUACGAAGUUUAACCCAGCUGAUAUUUUAUCCAGAGGUGCAACCUCUAACGACCUCAUUAACUCAUCUCUAUGGCUGCAUGGACCGGAUUUUUUAGCUCAAGAUAAAAACAAUUGGCCAAACCCUUGCAGUCAACAUGUUUUUGGUUACAUUUAUAAGUUCCAAAAUCGCUUGCGGCUUUCUGGACUGACUGUUGAUUGCAUACGCCGUGGCACAAAACUACUCCUGCGCACCAUCCAAAGGCUUCACUUCAAAGAGGAUCUCAAAUGCCUUCAAGCCGGUCAAGGUGUGAAGGCAUCUAGUUGCAUUGCGUCGCUCUCACCAUUCAUCGAUAGUUGUGGAUUGCUUCGUGUGGGUGGACGACUGAAAAAUUCAGCGCUCGACUUCGAGGCGCAGCAUCCAGUCAUACUGCCGAGACGUCAUCCUGUCACUCAGGCAAUCAUUAUGCAUUUUCAUAGGCGCAAUUUGCACGCGGGUCCUCGUUCCCUACUAGCAUACAUUCGGCUGCAGUAUUGGCCUAUUGGCGGACGAAAAACUGUUUCGAACGUUGUAAGCAAAUGCACUCUAUGCUUCCGAGCUAAACCGCACUUAGCGGAACAUAUUAUGGCUGAUCUUCCGGAAGAUAGGGUAAACUCAUCUUAUGCAUUUAUGGUCAUUAUAAAAACGAAAUACGCAACAAGCAACCCAUAA